UGUGGUGUUUUCUUCGCGGUACGGACUGAAUUCUUAAAUAUUAUUUAGAGGACCUUCGGCUUCAGAUAGUUAAUCAGUAAAUUAAAAACAAAUAUCCUUUCAUGUUCAGACGUUCAGUCAAUGCGUAAAACAGAUGAUGAGAGAUACUAACACAUUCCAUUUCGUUUGUGUGUUGACAGUUCAGUGCAUUUGUGCUGGUCACAGGUGUGUUCGCCGGUUUCCAAGGCUUGUACGCCAUACUUGUGUGUGUGGCUUGUAGCCAGCUCGAGAAGCUUAGAGCGAAUCUCUCAUCUAGCGGCGCAGAAAUUGCAACUCCGGACCAGGACUCCGGAGACAACCCGGAAUCAGAUCCGGGCCCUGACAAAAUUCAGGAACAACUCAACGACUGCAUACGUCACCAUCAGAUUACGCAACUGUACAUGCAGGAGCUGGAAAAGUCGCUGAGCUCAGCGUUAGGCGGACUAUUCUUCUGUCUGCUGGCCGCAAUGUGCUUCGUGUCAUUUUCUGUCGUGACGAGCUGGGGAGAUCACAACGACGUGUCGCAGGCGCUGGUGAUGUACGUCUGUAUGAUGUCCAACGUAUUUGUGUUUUGCUGGCUGGGAAGUGAAUUGUCCGAUCAGGCUCAGCGCGUGCGCGAUGCAGCCUGGAACAGCAACUGGGUGGGAAGUCCCGUCCGAUUUCAACGCUGCCUCGUGUUCAUCAUCGCCUCAGCCAACAAAGAGUUCAAGCUCACGGCGGGGAAAUAUGUUCCCAUGGCCAACAAAACAACGUUAAAUAUGAUGAAUCAGACAAUCUCCUUCUUCAUGUUCCUUCUCCACAUGAAGAGGAAGACCGAGGAAACGAUCUAA